AUGUCGCGUCCCAAUAGUUUCGUUACAGAAUCCGGCUCUGAACAAGAGAUGGCUUCAGCCGAUCCUGAAGCUAUUGCCACUGGGACGUUCAAAUCCGUCUUUUGCAAUCUGAAGCAGCACGGCUUCAGAACAUCACAACUGAGAUUUUACGAUCUCCAAGGGUUAUUGUCCAAGUUUGUGGCAACCCAGCAGCAACUGAGCAUCUUGCUUGCACCACGCAACUUUUUCCUGAUCUUACACAAUGGUGGUUUGACUUGCAUACUCGAACUUGAGCCCUCCAUCGUGACCUCCCCCUUUACUCGUCCUGGACCACAUUACUACUUUCACUCUUUUGAGAAGACUCGCUAUCAACUCGAGAAGUCUGAAACUCGUGACUGA